AUGCAGUUCUGGAGCAUCCUGGGAGCCGGGUUCUUCAUCUGUGCCGUCCAGGCAGCAGUAUCUUCCAACGGUACUGCAGAAGCCAAGCUGGCACAGAUCAGGAAACUGCUUAAGCCCCAGCUCUCUGAGAACGCCACUAUCGUUUCCCCCAACUCUAAGGAAUGGGUUGAAGUCACCCAUCGUGCUGCUGCACCCCGCGUCCACCCGGGGUACCUAGCCGUCGUCGACGUGGCUGUCGAAGAUGAUGUCGUGAAUACGAUCAAAGUCGCAAAUCAGAUCGGAGUCCCGUUCCUGGCCGUGACCGGCACGCACGGCUGGACCGACGACAUCAGCAAGAUACAGGACGGAAUUCAGAUCCGCAUGCGCGGCCUAAACCACAUCGGCCUCGGUCCGAACAAUGACACCGCAUAUGCCGGCGGCGGCGUAAUCCAAUACGAAGUCGUCCAGGCUCUGUAUCCGUACGGAAAGCAGGCUGUUCACGGUCUCUGCGAGUGCGUCUCCAUCCUAGGUCCUCUCUUGGGCGGUGGCCAUAGCGUGCUCCAGGGUGCUCACGGCUUUGCUGCUGACAACUUGGUCUCGGCCAAGGUAGCUCUCCAUGACGGUUCCGUUGUUACCGCAUCUGCCACUGAAAACCAAGAUCUGUUUUGGGGCCUUCGUGGUGCUGGUCAUAACUUGGGUAUUGUCCUUGAGUUCGAGAUCAAGGCUUUUGACAUUCAUGCGGAUCCAUGGACAUUUAUGACCUUCGUCUACGAGGCCGACAAGAUCGAAGAGUACUUCGAAGCCUGGAAUCAACUCGAGGACACCAUUGCCGACCCCGGCCUGGUUAUCCUGAACGGGUACUACCGCAACUUACCCGAAAUCAAUGCGGAGAAGCCUGUCCUCGUCAUGGAGCUCAUCUACCAGGGUUACGACACCGCAGCCCCUCAGUAUAUUGAGGCCUACCGUGCUAUCGGCCCAAUCCAUGAGACGACUGUUACCGAUAUCUACUGGAACAAACUCUUUGAUAUCACCAACUUCGGUCGUAACGACCGGGUCUGUGUCCCAAGCCAGAAUUGGGCCGGCUAUGUCAACUCCGUCGUCCGCUGGGACCCCGCGUCCAUGCGCGAGAGCUAUGAGAUUUUCGCUGACCUUGUCGCCAUCGAAACUUACAACACCUCUACAUUCAUUUUCGAGUCAUAUGGACGGAAGGGUGUCCGCGACUUUCCCGACAAUUUCAACGCUGUCCCGCCGGAGGAACGGAAUAAGCACAAUAUGUUGGCUGCCUUCCUGUUCUGGUCCGGCGAUGACGAGACCGAGCUCGCCGUUGCCCGUGAGUUCGGAGAGAGGCUGCAAAUUGCCAGCCGCAACGGUGAGAUCGCUCACUCUUACGUCAACUACGCCAUAGGCGGCGAGGAGCUUCCACAGGUCUACGGCCGCGACGUUGACCGCCUUGAGAAGCUCCAGAUGAUCAAGACCAAGUUUGAUCCUUACAACAAGUUUGGGUUUUAUGCGUCCCUCGCAAGCGCCUGA